UUCUUGUAAUUAUUAUUAAAUAAAAUGCUUAUAAUUAAUUAAUUAAAUGUGUAUCUAUUAAAUGAAUGAUCUAGUAAAUACAUUGAGUUUAAUAAUUUUGUCAUGUAAUUUACAAAAAUAUUCUUUUGAUUAUAUAGUACCUUCAAGGACUUAGUAAUUAAAAAUGGGUAAUGCGGGAAGUGGUGGAACAGCUCGUGAACGACAUAAAUCAGAUGGAACGGCUCCAUCAUCACCAAAAGUAGAUGGUCAAGCAUUUGUAUUCGAUAAGAAAAAUGAAAAUAAAAUAGUAUAUCAAGGUUCAACAGAAGAGGAAGAACCGUAUUACACGAAAAACCAUGGAAGUCAAGAAAUAGCAUUUGAAGCCCCACGACCACGAUCGAAUACAGUUUCAGAAGGUACAAAAGUCAAUGAAAAUGAUAAAGCUUUGCCAACAGUGUUUCGUUGGGAAGGCGGUGGCAAACAAGUGUAUAUUAGUGGUACAUUUUCCGAAUGGAAAACUUUACCAAUGGUAAAAAGCCACCGUGAUUUUGUUACAAUAAUAGAUCUUCCAGAAGGUGAACAUCAGUAUAAAUUUUUUGUGGAUGGUGAAUGGAGACACGAUCCUAGUUUAAAAAUUGUUGAUAAUGGUAUGGGAUCGAAGAAUAAUUUAGUUAGUGUUAAAAAGUCAGAUUUUGAAGUGUUCCAAGCUUUAGCCAAAGAUAGUGAAACUCAAGGGAGUGAUAUACAAAAGGAAUAUACACAAGAGAUUCCAACAAAUAAACCGUGGGAAAAAGUAUCUGGGCCACCAAUAUUACCUCCACAUUUGUUGCAAGUUAUCUUAAAUAAGGAUACACCACUAUCAUGCGAACCAACAUUACUUCCAGAGCCGAAUCACGUUAUGUUAAAUCAUUUGUAUGCCUUGUCAAUAAAAGAUGGUGUUAUGGUUUUAAGUGCUACACAUCGGUAUCGCAAAAAAUAUGUUACUACACUACUUUAUAAACCGAUCUAGAAAUAUUAAUUCUAUAAGAAAUUAUGCUUCAAUUUCCUCUACAAUUUUUCUCUUCUAAUAAUAUCAUUAAUUUGAUUUUUUUCUGUACAGAUUAAACCUGCGAA